CUCCCACGUCUCCUCUCAGUCACCACCUCCAACCAAGCAAACCAUUUCCAAACAAGCAGAGCUCGCCUGCAAGCAGAGACAGAGGAGAGCAGUAGUAGCAAUGGCCAAGGUGCACCCCAACGCCGCCGCCGUCGCGACAGAGCUCGCCACAGCCACCACACGAGCGGCUGCCGACCAGCAACCUGAGCCGCCGACGACAGUGCUGACGGUGUGGCGCAAGUCGCUGCUCUUCAACUGCGACGGCUUCACCGUCUACGACGCCAACGGCGACCUCGCCUUCCGCGUCGACUGCUACGCCAGGCGCCACGCCGAGGUCGUGCUCAUGGACGCCGCGGGGGCGCCGCUCCUCACCGUCCGCCGCAAGAGGCUCAGCCUGGCGGAGCGCUGGCUCGUCUACGACGGCGACGCAGCAGCAAGCACCACCAGGCCACCUCUCCUCUCUGUCCGGCGCCACGUCGGCGGUCUGCGCGUGCGCGGCGCCUCCAGCGGCAAGACGAUGGCGCACGUCGUCGCCGCGGCGUCCUCCUCGGCCGCCGGUGGCGGCGAGGCCUUCGUGGUCGAGGGCUCCUACGGCCGCCGGGCCUGCGCCGUGCGCGACGCGCGCGGCGACGUCGUGGCCGAGGUGCGGCGCAAGGAGGCCGUGGGAGACGACGUGUUCAGGCUCGUGGUGAGUCCACGUUUCGGUGUGCCGCUCGCCAUGGGGAUCGUCAUCGCCCUCGACGAGAUGUUCGUCGCCGGCCGCGGCUCGGCGCGCUCGUGGCUGCGCAUCGGGUGCUAGGAUAGGCAGUAGUACAUACAGGUAGUAAGAAGCGAAAGGAGCCCACAUGUCAGUGUUAGUGUAGACCUCUCUAGUUUCUACAGUCUACACACAGAUGAGAAAGGCUCCGGCCCCAGUUGUCAGCGUCAGCACAGUUUUAUAGUGCAGGCCCGCAGCUGGGCCAACCCAAAAGUAUGGCCGUAUCAGAUUCAUCCGGCAAAUGUGCAAAAGAGUUAUUCUCUAGCUAAUUAUAUAUCCUAUUCGCUGCCAAAUCUAUUGAUGUUUUUCUCUCAUAAUGAAUUUAUGAACAGUGUUUUUAGA